AUGUGCGAGCCGUUGAGUGUUGGAGUUCAUGUGUGCUGUCGUGCGAAUGUGGGACCAGAGACGAAUGUGCUGGUGAUGGGAGCCGGGCCCAUUGGGCUUGUGACGAUGCUUGCGGCUCGGGCUUUUGGGUCACAGAGGAUAGUGAUUGUGGAUGUCGAUGAUCAGCGUCUGUCCAUUGCUAAACAACACCUUCACAAUAUUGCCGCCGACCUCGUUUACAUCGCCCUCCAGCAAGAGAAUCUCGAGACCAGAUGCUCCAAUUCAAGCGAGGAACUUGCGGAGAUUUUUAAGUUAAUUGGCGGAGUGGUGGUUGUCGCGGUGGCAUCUCGCCGGAAUCUUAGCGUCGGGCGGCGGAGCUGCAAUGGAGGGAAGGAAAUGUGGACGGUGACUAUCUCAGGCUACGGUCGGCGGGCUGUGGCUGUUCGGUUGUGUACGGCGGCAGAGCAGGUUGCUGAUGGUGGCUUGGCUUGUGACAGCGGUGGAGCAGGUUGUUGA